AUCGGGAGUUUGGAAAACUACUACCACUUUCACCACAGCAAGACGUUUAAGCGCUCAACGCUGAGCAGCCGAGGACCGCACAACUUUCUCCGCAUGGAUCCCAAGGUGGACUGGCUGCAGCAGCAGGAGGUGAAGCGGCGGGUGAAGAGGCACGUCCGGAGCGAGCCCCAUGCCCUGCCCUUCAAUGACCCGGUGUGGCCCAACAUGUGGUACCUGCACUGCGGCGAUAAAAGCAGCCGCUGCAGGUCGGAGAUGAACGUCCUGGCAGCCUGGCAGAGGGGCUACACCGGCAAAAACGUGGUGGUCACCAUCCUCGAUGACGGCAUAGAGAGGAACCACCCCGACCUCCUGCAGAACUACGACCCUCUUGCAAGCUAUGACGUGAAUGGGAACGACCAUGACCCAACUCCGCGCUACGAUGCCAGCAAUGAGAAUAAGCAUGGCACUCGCUGUGCGGGGGAAGUGGCGGCAGCAGCAAACAACUCGUACUGCAUCGUGGGCAUCGCCUACAAUGCGCGCAUCGGAGGCAUUCGUAUGUUAGAUGGCGAUGUAACAGAUGUUGUUGAAGCGAAGUCGCUUGGCAUCAGACCCGAUUACAUUGACAUUUACAGCGCGAGCUGGGGGCCAGAUGAUGAUGGGAAGACAGUUGAUGGACCUGGUCUAUUGGCCAAACAGGCUUUUGAGCAUGGCAUUAAAAAGGUGUGGAUCCCGCAGCACCCAGACGCGCUCGCCCUCCUCCUCCUGUCCCGUGGGGAACGCGUGCCCGGUGUCCGGCACGGGGAUGGGCAGCUCGGCCCCCCAAGGCAAUGCCGACGCUAG